CCCAUCGCUUGCUUUGUUAUUCCUCUGAAGACAGUCCAACAGCAUGGGACGGUUCGCAGUUAGCGGGUGUGCGGUCAUUUGUUUGCUGAUAACAUUCACGAGUGGCCAGCAGGAGACGGCGAGCAGCCAGCCAGCCACAAGUACCCCGUUGGUCUCGCCGAGCUACGAAACCGGAGUCGAGAAGCUGCAGCGUAGUGCACAGAAAUUCGCGCUACAAUUCUACCAGCAAGUAACGGAACUGGUGGAUUUUAAUCCGAACGUUACGACGACCAACAUCAUCGUGUCACCGUUCUCGGCCUGGAAUUUGUUAGCUCUCGUGACGGAGGGCGCGUCCGGGCUGACGUUGCAGGAACUGUUGACGGCGCUCAAUAUAGAGGCGCAGGAUCAAAUUCGCUCCUUCUACAAACCAUUCACGCAAAGCUUCAGCUUCACGAAUCGCGAUGUACAGCUGGCCACGGUACAGUACGUCAUCACCGAUCAGAAUCGGCCAGUGUCGAAGGAUUUCGAUUAUAGCCUGGAAACGUUCUAUGACCCGCGGGUGCUGCAGCCGAUGAACUUCGCCGAGAUACAGCAAUCGUACGAGCGGAUCAACCGGUUGGUAUCGGAUGCCACCAAUGGUAACAUCAAGAACGCCAUACAGAAGAGUGAUCUAGAGGAAGCGCGAUUGAUUCUGCUUUCAGCGCUGUUCUUCCAGGGCCAGUGGACGAUUCCGUUCAAUCGUUCCUUCACGACGCAAGUGCCGUUUAAUGAUGAGAACGAUCGUCCGAUCGGUAUGGUGGAAAUGAUGUUCCAAAGAGGAAUAUUCCCGUUCGCUGGCUAUAAGGAUCUGGAUGCACAAAUACUGGAGCUGCCUUACGGGGCCGAUAAGCGGCUCAGCAUGCUACUGAUCAUGCCCCGGAAGGGUGUGCCGCUUGUGGAGGUGAUCCGGAAGCUGGUCAAUUACGAUAUGGAUCGCGUUUUCCAGGAGCUCGACCGAAGCCUCAUCGACUUUGACGAUGAUGAGGUGGAGGUACAUCUGCCUCGCUUUGAGUUCAGUUCCGACUAUAACCUGAUACCGAUAUUGAAAAAGAUGGGAAUCAAGGAAGCAUUCGACUCCGGGUUUGCCAACUUUACCAAGAUUUCCGAACUGAACGCGAUCUACCUGAGCAGUGUCAUCCAGCAGUCGAAAUUAGUGGUCAACGAGGAGGGAACCACGGCGGCCGCCGUCACUACCGGUGUGUUCGCCAAUAAGGCUACCCCACCACGCUUCCUCGCCAAUCGUCCGUUCGGUUUUCUGAUCGUCGAUCGGCCCCAGCGCACGAUACUGUUCGCGGGGCAGGUGAAGAAGCCGAAUUUGGUCGACAAUCAGUAGUGGGAAAGGGCAGCCAAAGUUUGCUAAAGGA